AUGAGGAAUCAUCCCUUGCUGAACUCUGGUAGCCGUCUAGCUCCAACGGGCAACGAGAACCCUUCAGUGGAUAGCCUAGCGGCCACCUACAUCUGGAUAGAUGGAACUGGGGAGAAUCUUCGAGAAAAGACGCGAACUCUUGACAAGGAAAAGGGUUUGGCCGGCAAAUUUCCGACCUGGGAUUUGACGGAUCGUCGACCUACCAAGCAAAGAGGCGAGGAUUCGGAUUUUGCAUUUGAAGCCAGUCGUCAGCUACCCGGACCCAUUCCUCGGAGGCAAUCAUAA